AUGCCGCCAAAGAGAAAAGCUCCCGAACCGGAGGUUGAAGACACCAAAGUCGCGCAUGCGAGCAAAAAGGGCCGUCCCGACCUGCGCCAGCCGCACCCGAAUGCGACGCAAACCGAGGACUUUGGAAUCGUCCUACGCGAAUUCUACCCGCCAGAGAUGAGUAACGAGCGAUGUCAAGCAUAUACCAACGGAGAGCUGGAACGUCCCAUUGAAACGUUGCAAAAGGCCUGCCAAGAGACCGCGGACAAGCGCCGGGAAAUCGGCGUGGGUAGUGCGGUAGUUCAUUGGUUCAAGAGCGAUCUUCGGCUUCAUGAUAAUAGAGCCCUGUACGCGGCCUACGAAUGUGCGAAGGAGAACCAACUUCCGUUGAUUUGUCUGUAUAUCGUCUCCCCCGAGGACUGGACGGCACAUUCGACCAGUCCAGCUCGUGUGGACUUCACCUUGCGCACUUUGCGACGACUGCAACACGAUCUGGGAGAGCUGGAUAUUCCCUUGCACAUGGAAACGCAGGAGAAACGAAAAGCGAUUCCUAAGCGCAUUGUAGAACUCUGCCAGCAGUGGGGUGCGAAAACCCUAUACGCCAAUAUUGAGUACGAGGUGGAUGAGCUGCGACGAGAGGCUAAGCUGGUGCGAUUGUGCGCGGACAGCGAUAUCAGUUUUUCUCCCACUCAUGAUAAUUGUGUGGUCACUCCUGGAGCUCUCGCUACUCAGCAAGGCAAACAAUAUGCCGUUUACACUCCGUGGUAUCGGACUUGGCUGGCGUUCUUGAAAGAGAACCCGGAUUACCUUGAGGUGUCCGAGGAACCUGGAUCCAACCCGGGCGAUGCGCGCAAACAAUUGAAGGACCUAUUUGAUUGCGAGAUACCUGCCGCACCGAAAACCCACACAUUGUCAGACGAUGAGAAAAAGCGCUUUGAGGAGCUCUACCCAGCUGGCGAACACGAAGCUCUCCAGCGACUGGAGAGGUUCUUGGAGGAAAAGGGUAAAAAGUAUGAGGAAAUGCGCAGUAUGUUGCCUGGACAGCACACUUCCAUGCUGAGUCCAUACUUUGCAUGUGGAGCACUCAGCGCCAGAACUGCCGUUGUGACAGCGAAGAGAAUAAACAAAGGCCAUAUCGAUCGAUAUGAUCCUGGGUACAUGACCUGGAUCAGCGAGGUGGCCUGGCGUGACUUCUACAAGCACGUACUGACCAAUUGGCCAUUUAUCUGUAUGAACAAGUGCUUUAAACCCGAACAUACCAAUAUCGAAUGGGAAUACGAUGCGGACCUCUUCCAAGCCUGGUGCGACGGAAAGACAGGAUUCCCGAUCGUCGACGCAGCAAUGCGUCAGAUGCGACAUUGCGCGUGGAUGCAUAACCGCACGCGCAUGGUCGUCUCAUCGUUCCUGACCAAGGACUUGAUGCUGGACUGGCGUCGUGGGGAGCGAUACUUUAUGGAGAACUUGAUUGAUGGCGAUUUCGCAUCCAACCACGGUGGCUGGGGAUUCGGAUCCAGCACUGGAGUUGAUCCACAGCCCUAUUUCCGGAUCUUCAAUCCCCUGCGCCAGAGUGAGCGAUUCGACCCGGAGGGAGAGUAUAUUCGCCGCUGGGUACCCGAGCUGCGCGAUGUGUCAGGCAAAGCGAUUCACGAACCCUAUGCGAGGGGAGCGGCGGCCAUCGCGCAAAAGAACGGGUAUCCCAAGCCUAUAGUUGACCAUUCAAAGAGCCGGGACAGGGCGCUAGAACGGUUUAAGAGUGUACUUAAAGGCUAG